UUUCAAAAAAUUACCAUCCAUCGGUCGGGCCGGCGCUCAUCCGUAAUUUCGCAUUUAAUUUACAUAUAAAUGAACUUUCUCCGUAUUUUUUAACCAUAAUAGUAGCCCAAUUAAAUUUAAAACAUGUCUGAAGUGGUAACAAAGGAUAUAGCGCCGGACGAAGAACAGAAAGAUUACGUGGAAGACGGAAAGAACAAGUUGCUGGUCAAAUGUAAAUUUUGUGGAUCGAAAAUAUUAGAAAAGAAAACAGCCAAAUACGUCGCUUUAGAGAAAGAACUACCCUUAAUGCAGCAAGAUGCAAAUAGGAAAGAGGGGGAAGUACAAAAAGAGAUGAUUAACGAAUAUUUCCAUGUAGAAAACAUAUAUAUCUUUGAAAAUAUCGGUUUCACGCACCCCGUUGAUAAUUACAAGUACUUGAUCUGUGCAGAUUGUGACGCAGGCCCUGUCGGUUACUACGAGCUGGACAGCAAACAUAGCUACGUAGCUUUAUCAAGAAUAGUUCAGUCAUAAUCAAUAUUUCAAUAUGUGCUUUUUAAUUUCAUUUUACUCAACCAAAAUAGUUAAAAACUGCUUGUAUUUUUAUCUGUUUUACAUGUGUAUAUUAAUUUUAUGUAUUCAAUUGUUUUUAACAAAUGCUAUGCACACGAUCCACUACAGCGUCAGAUUAUUUUAAGACUUUUAUCUGUUAGAAGCUCCAUACAUAAAAGAUGACUGUUGUGUUUAAGUAUGUAUUCAACUUUACAGAUAUUUGUAGGCUAAAGCAGGCAAGUUCAUAAUUUUUGGUGUCAUUGAAUGAUUUGUGAUAAAAAUUACUAAAAUAUUAUGUCAUAGAACGUACAUUUUAAGUGUAAAUGAAAUUUAAUGGACUCGUGAAAUCAAUAGAAUGUUUGUACAGUUGAAAACACAUAAAAAUUACAUUAUUGUAGCAACGUCACACCUAUUAAAACUAUAUUAGGUGCUACAGUGCAUAGCCUGACGUGUCUAGUACAGUCAGCAUAAAAUAGUUUGUGAUACU